AUGGGGAAGUUGGGUGUCAGCCAGAAGCACCAUGUGAAAAAGCAUACGGUGAAGAGGUUGCCCACACCAACUUGCAGCAAAGCCUUGCUGGUCAACAACCUCAUAGAGCACACCAAGAAAGAAGGCACCUCCAAAGCUUUCAGCUUUGGCUGCUACAAGGGGGUGCUGUUGAACAAUGCUGUCAAAGGUGCUGGCUUGCUGGCAUUGGAGGCAUUGAUCAUGUCUUUGCUGACUGUCAGCAAGAGUGGCCUGUUCAAUUACACAGAUCUCAAAGAGGCUGUGAAAGAAUGCAGCAACCAAUUCCCAGUUUUGUCAGACAGGGGCAUGUCCUUGGACAGAUGGGCAGGGUGGGUGGCAAGCAGGAUCCUGGUUGUGAUGGCCCACCUCAGAAGGGUCAAGAACAGCAAGGUGAGGAUGAGGCAAGCCCAGAGCAGCCUGACAGAGAAAGAAAAGGAGCAGUUAGAGCAGCUUGCAAGGCUGGUGCAAGACUUACCCUACAAAGGGACAAGCACCAGCACUCUUGGCACAGAGAGCAUGGCUGAGUCUGAUGUGGGCCUUGACUUUGAAGCACUGGCUUGCAGCCCUGUGCCUGCCAAGAAGGCAGCAAACAAGAAGAAGAUGGCAAAGGCUAAGGCCAAGGCUCUUGCCAUUGAGGAAGCAUGCUCAGAAGGCAGUUCAGGCCAUUCUUCCACGGAACCUGCUGCUGAGGGAGAAGGCUGCUCCAAGAUCUACCUGACCAAAGCCAAAGGCAGGACAUACCUACAAGUUUUGGAGGGUGGCAAAAAGAAACACUUGGUUUGCAUCAAUGAGAAGCAGAGCAAGUCCCACUUCAAGAUCAUGAACAAGAUCAAAUCCACCAUGGAGGAGAUGGGCAAGCUUGACCAGGGGACGGCAGUGUCCCUGAGAGAUGCUUUGCUUGCAUAG